AACCCAUUUUUGUACUUGUGGACUUUAACCCUUAUGACUCCGUAAGAAUAAAGACAGACAAACAGGAAGUUCCAGGAUAAGGUGACGCUUCAUCAGAAACAGGAUCAUGAAAAGAGAGUGAAGGGAGAAAGAGAGGUGAGAGAGAAAAGAGGUGGGGCAUAUUCUGAGUCAGAAGAGCGACAUGUUCCGUGGCGCACAUUUCUUAUGAGUCAUUAACUCGCUAGUUUCUUGUUGGAGCUGCAAGGAGUUUGACAGACUGUGGAAAUAUUAAUCUCAUUUAUCAUGGACUUCUAAACAAAAUUGUAAACAGAGUUGAAACCCAGGACACGGCCUCAGUCUGUUUGUCUCGGUUCACUGCUUCCAUAGCAACUUCUGCCAGGACUAUUGCAAGUUAAUUUAUUACAAAAAAAAACCCCAAAAACAUCACAAGGAGAGCAACAGUGCACCUGCCAGACUAGGCUGCUGGAAAACAGUCUGUACAGAAAGAUGCUGUAGGCCUCAUAUAUGGAGCUCUGAUGCAAAAUGUUUCUUUUCAAAUCUUCCCUCUGGUGCAUCGUCUUCAGCCUGUGUUCGUCAGCCUGCGGCUUGGAGUUCAUAAAAUAUGACAGGGAUGCAGUUAUUUGCCAACAGGCAUUUUCUGACUGCACCAUCAGAAACGGUCUUUAUGAACAAAAGGACAACCAUGUUCAGUUUGAAGCAUCUUUCAAGCUCUGCUGUAAGGCCGAAAGAAACUGUGCACUUUGUCUUGUGCUAGAGGCAGAAAUCCGCAACAUCCCUAUGGAUAAAGAUGUGGAAAACGACAACCACUCUGGCACUGAUGAGGAAGAUGACAAUGAGGACACAACACUUGAGAGAUCUUCUGUGAUGGCAUGUUACCAUGAUCCAGCCAGUACCAUACCCAGAUGCAAGAAGGUGGAGUUUACAGUUAAUUACACCACUCUUGCUCACCAGAACAGUAGCAAGAUAACCAUUGUGAUCACAGACGAGUUUCAUUUCGGAAGCCAAAUAACCGUUUACCCCAACAUACGACUUGAUGCACCUUCGGAACAGAAUGUGUGUUCCCAGGAAUCCUUCCAGCAACACAUACCCAUGUGUCCAGUGCCAAAGUUCCACAUCGAUCCAGUUUUCAAGGAAAAUUAUGUUGAGCUGAAGAUUGUGGGCAACAAUUCCCGUCCCUCACUCUGCAUCAAAUACGAGGAGAACGGACGCUGUCUGAGUCUGGCCCAGACCACCAUCCCCAUUCAUUCUGUGGCACCUUGCACGUGCAUACAGGUAUGGGAUAAAGAUGAUGAGGGAGCUGUGCGUUCUCAAUUAUGCCACUUUGACAAAAUAGUUAAAGGAUCGCCACCUCCUUUACAACACUUAAUGUCGAAAAACGUCUCGGUGAAUGUGCGCCUGAGCAAAAUGGGUGACAGAAACACAGUGCUUUUAUGGAACCUUACUGCCCCCUGCAGGCUGGAUGGUGAAGUGUCGCUUUGUCUCAAACCGAGCAGCAGCGAAAAUCUUGCUGGUGUGAGCAACUGGAAACAAAACAGUAUGGGACUUUGGGUAAAACAAGGAGCAUUUGAAAACGUUGAUGAAAGCAUUUCCCAGUGUGUGAUGGUGAAAAUAAACAGAACACAUCAGGAAUUUGGUCCAUUUUGCACGUCUGACACUAGCAGAUGGCGCUGGACUCUCCUGAUUGUCGGUGUUUUGCUGGUUGGUUGUCUGACAGCAUUAAUGAUUCAUUUCCUGCGUGAUUAUGUGAAGAAAUGGGUGUGGAGCUGGCGGCACGGUGGAUUCGUAAGGAUUGGCAGGAAGGGCCAUGUAGUUCUGCUGAGCCCCCCAGAUUUGGAUGACACUGUUUCAGAGUCAGUUUGUCUGCUGGGUUCCCAGCUCUGUAGCCAGGGCUUCAGUGUGUCUGUGGAUCAGUGGUGCAGGAAGGAUCAAUGCACAAUGGGACCUCUGCCAUGGCUCUACUCCCAACUCCAGAAGCUGGACAACAUGGGUGGUCGGGUUUUGCUGGUUCUCACCCAGAAAGCCUUAGAAAAAACUGAAGAGUGGACCCUCUUGAACAACAACGGAGAAGGAAGGGAUCAGCAACAGAUGAAGUCACCUUAUUCUGAUCUAUUUACGGCCUCAUUGUUCAUCAUUCAGGCCCACAAGAGGCUGGGCAGGGUGGCCGAGCGCUUUGUUCUGGUGAAAAUCGACUCCCACCAAACACAGAGUCACAGCAGCGACGGGAGACUUCCAGAGCUGCUUCAAGGGCUUCCUCUGUUUCUGCUUCCCUCUCAGAGCCAGUCGCUCACAGCUGAACUGAUUGUAGAAGAGGCAGAAACGACAAGGAUAAGCUGGAGGAGGAAUAUCUGAAGCAAGUGGAGGUUAUCAAAACCAUUUUGUUAAAACACCGUGGAUGAAUUUACAAAAAGACGUCAUAUAAAAAAUACUGCUGCAGAAUCAACAUGAAGGAUAUGCUUAUCUGGACUGAACAGUCUUUGGUUUGUAAAGAAGUAGUCCUGAAUUUUGAAAGUGAGGUUCUGGUGCCAGGUUUUAGGCAGUUAUCUUAGAUAUCUUAGAGUUGCAUCAGACAACUAUUUUGGGUUCUUUAUUUAGUAUAAAGCCAGGUUAGUUUGUUCUAUUGACCAAAUCUAAAGACUUGAUUGACAGAGACCAAAUCCAUUACAGAAUUUGGCCAUCUUAAAAGAACUAAAAUCUUUAAACCACUAGAUCAAUUUAGGUUAUUUCUGCUUCAUGAAUCUUUUAAAUUGUCCUCAUUUUGAACUGGCCUGUUAUUUAUAGAGAAGGUGAUGGUUAUCUAACCAGGAAGUGAAGGUUGUAGGUAGUGUGCCUUAAAUGAUGUUCCUGUGUGAAGUUAGUACAGAGAAAAAAACUAAACACAUUUUUUUCAGUCAAAGUAGAUUCUUAAUUGUGUAAAAAGUGAAAUGUGUAAACAUUUAAGUACUUAAACAGCUAUAGUACUAUUACUUUUAGUCUACUUUUAUAGAUGACAGCUACUCUGACUGAAAAUGCUUUCAUGUUCCAGUUUUUGUACUUUUCACACAAGAUGGUCAUUGGUGGCACACUGUCUCUUACCUUCACUUUCUGUGUAAUUAAAAACCAGCUUUUGUGUAAAUAACCCACCAAUGCAAACGGUCUAAGCCUAACAAAAUAGCGUUCCCUCAAAAUGUUAUGACACUUUGAGAUUACAUUUGUUGCAGGAUGGUGUGCUUUGCUACUGGCCCUUCUUUAAGGGGCUUGCUUCAUCCUCCAGUACCAACUAUUUUGGAUUUAUACUAAAUUGACUACUACGAUUUUCUACAAGUAUAAUAACUGCUUACAACCUUUUCACAGAACCUCAUUUCAAAUACACAACCAGUGCUACAAUAAUGUUAUAAUGUAAUAUUCUUUCUUUAAAGAAAGACUGUGUUUUGGUCUUCUCUCAGUCCUUUGCUGAAAAUCUGAAAUAUGCUCCUGAAGCAGGUGACGUGCAGCGUCAUGAAUAAAUCUGAAGGGCAAUAAGCACAUAAAUAUGUAGACAGGUAAAUUGUAAUUUAUGGCUUCUAUUUUUAUUGUAAAUAAAUUGUAAAUAGGGAUGUUUUUUUUACUCAUCUAUGAAUACUAGCUUCAAAGCUAUAAUAUAACCUAAUUGUAAAUUUUUCAAAUUGUAAAUAAUAAUCAAAUUAUUAUUAUGUAAUAUAAUAGAAACAGUCUUUAUUGUCCCGCAAAGGGGAAAUUGCAGUGUUUACACAAAAAGUUCUUAAAGUGUUUAAAACGAUAUAUAAAGAUUGAUAAUAAUAAUAAUAAUAAUGACACACUGUACAAGACUAUAACAGAAAGCUUCACGUCUUUUAACUUAAACAAAAUAAAACUACUGGUCAUGGCGCAGUAUAUGAGCCAGUCACACUUAGCUAAAAAUAAACUUGCGACCUAAAAGCGCUUAACCAGUUGCAGAGGAUCUUAUUGGUUCAGAGCAGUGUCAGUUUCAGGGAUGCGUUUGUGAAGAGUUUUUAUGACGAUCCGGGAGGGCGGUGUUAGGAGAUAUAAGUGAUAACAACGAGCCCCGCUCCCUUCGGUGGUUUGGAUGUGAUUCGCAGUCAAAUAGUCAGAGUAGCAAGUCAAAAGCGUCUCGUUUGGAUUGUGUGCUUGACUUGUGUAACGAGGAGGUAAAAAGACGCUCUGUUGUGCUUAAAGUGUUUUCUUAAAUUCACUUUCUGUUGACUGUGUGUGUUGUUUAGAUAUCAGUUUGGCAGAAAGUUAAUAUUUGUCUUUAUUUUGAGAUUUUAAUUGUAGGCACUGGUUUUUUAUUUAUAUAUUUCAUGCAAUUUCUGAAAAGCCAAAGGCAAUUGUGUUAUAUUGCGCAACUCUAUUGUUUACAAGUACUGUUAUAAAUACUAUUGCUGUAUUGAAGAUCUAUUUCUUAAAUAAAAAAGGGGAGCCCGGAAUGUCUAGAA